GGACAAAGAUGCCCUGGGGAACAGAAACAUGAAGAUGUGUCUGUAGGGUGUGAGCAUCACAUCAUUACUACGGAAAUAAGACGCUUUCCCUUCAGUUGCCAGUCUUGCUGUGGAGAAACGACUUCCUCUCGCUUGACGACCACGGCGUCACGUCCUGUGUGUUCAGUACAGACACACGCCACAUUGCAGCAAACCCUGUAGCUGGUGAAUGGUAGUUUGUCACACAUUCAACCUUCAACGUGCUGUGGGUGUUUUUGCUGUUGAAUGAUAUUGUCUUGUAGAGAGAGGUGAGUCUGUCCAGAGCUUUGCAGUCCUUGUAACUGCCUUCUUAUAGACUGUGUUCUACAGUGUUCCAGAACGCCGCUCUCUCUUUCAUUCAUUCAUCCUGUGAAUGGUGCCAGCUGCUGGGACCAAUACCGUUGCUCUUAUCAGUGCUGGUCACCAGUCCUUACUUAUUCACACCGUCAGUUGGUAAAGUCUUGCACUUCCUUUGCCGUUGCCUGUCGUCUGCUUGACUUCGCUUCCAAAGAGUAGUGUGGGACUCCCAUGACUGUCACUUGCUCGGGAAAUUGAGGAAACACAUUAUCACUGCUUCACAUCUCCAGUCACAGAAAUAAAUCAGUCACUAAUUUAUCUGCAAAAAUAGAGUAUCCAGAGUACUACCAAUUAUUUAACAGCACCAUCUAGGUACCUGUGUGUGUUGUUACUACCUCAAGCAGCCACAUCACAUGCUAGCAUCAGUUUAUUUACAAAGAAACUCGACAGUUGUAUCACCAAUGGCCUUUUGAGGAUGAGAAAACUCAGCUACCCACUGUUGUUGACAGCGAUCUGUUUGAGUGCAACCUCUGUCUACAUCGCCUUGUACAGAUCUCUACGGACGACAGAAACAUUUCCAUGGAAACCAUACGAUAUGAAAGAAAUAGACUGCAUGAAGGUGUUUGCUGGCGACCAGGAGGAGUUGGCUCGUUCGAAACAAGUCCACAAAGACCUGCCUGCUCUUCCCACGAGAAGGACAUAACCAGGUUGGCCAAGAACUGCCGCAAUUUUGUGCGGGUGUAUGGGUUCAUAAUGAACUUUCUGACAGAGGAGGAAAGAAACUUUUCUAUUGCCUACAGCAUCCUGGUAUUUAAAGAUGCUCACCAGGUAACGCAGUUGUUACAAGCCAUAUAUCGGCCUCAGAACGUCUACUGUAUCCAUGUCGACCAAAAGGCGGACCAGUCCUACCGUGACACAAUGGCAGCCAUAGCUGACUGCUUCCACAAUGUCUUUCUCACCUCACGAAGUGUGGACGUUCGGUGGGGGACCUUCACUGUGCUGGAACCAGAACUGAUCUGCAUGAAAGACCUGUGGCACUUCAAGAAAUGGAAAUAUUUCAUCAACCUGACGGGGCAGGAGUUUCCGCUGAGAACCAACUUUGAGCUUGUUCGUAUUUUAACGGCGUACAACGGGGCCAACGACGUAGAGAGUAUCGUGAAAAGGGCUAACAAAGAACGGUGGGCAUCAGCAGGCCCUACUCCUCACGGCAUCAUCCUAGUGAAGGGGGCAGUGCACAUCGCUGUCAACAGGGACUUCGUGGACUACGUUCUCCACAGUCCAGUCGCUCAAGACUUUCUCAACUGGACUCGACGUGUACAUAUACCCGAUGAGACGUUUUUCGCCUCCCUCAACCAUAACCCUCAGCUUGGCAUCAGAGGUUCUUAUAAAGGCUACCCGGAGACAGAUCCAGUAACCAAACCAUUUCUAACUCGAUUCAAGAAUUGGGGAGACUAUCCUUGUGCUGAAGGAAAUUGGAUUCGCGACAUCUGUAUUCUGUCCACGGGGGACCUGCCUUUACUGGACAAGCGCCCAGAGAUGUUUGCCAACAAGUUCUACCAGGACUACAGUCGUGUGGCACUGGAGUGUCUACAUCAACGACUGUACAACCACAUGAGGGACGAGUUCUUAGGCAUGAUGGAGUUUGAUACAAGUUAUUAUCAAAACGUAUCUUUCGUCAAAAAUAUGGUGACUGUGGAAAAGACAAACUAGGAACAUUGAAAAAAAGAUUUUUUAAAGUUAGUACAUCAUAAUGUUUAAGCUGGUAAGCAAUUAUCAUUUAAGUGGCUCAUCUUUUGUCAUAUCACUUAUGACAAUGCACGUAUAAGACGCACUCUCUGACUACGGGGAACAGAAAAGAAAACACUGAAAAGAUGAAAUAGAAAUCAAACGCCUUAUUUAUCACUUCAAAUAUUUUAUAAUAAAAUAUUUUAUCAUAUCCCUGCGUGUAAGCUUUAGGGAAGAAAUAGCCCUAUGAAAAAAACAGUUGUGUAGU